GCAAAUUAAUCGAUCACAUAAUUAAUAAAUAUUUUUGACGCUUUUUAACAUGAUCUGAGAAGAAUCAUUUAAUCAUCUUCCAUACGUGCAUAAGAUUUGAUUAAUUUUUCUUAUCGUUAUAUAUUGAAAAAUUAUUAUUAUAAAAAAAUUAUAUAAAAGUAAGAGCGACAUUAACAGAGAAUUAACGUAAAAAAAUAGAUGAGAGGGUGAUAUUCCGCAUCAGAAAAAUAUAUUUAAUAAUCUUGGAGCAAUAUUGAUAAGGAAAGUCAAAUUAUAAAUCUAUAAUAAUAGAUCCAAUUGUACUUUUCUAAUCCGAGGAAAGCGGCGCAUACAUAUAUUUACUGUGAGAAGUAUGCUAACUUAAUUAAAGCGGCAUAAGAAUUUCUAGGAAGACGUCCACGCAAAAGUGAAGAUUUUAAUACACGAGACCUUUCGGCGAACGUUACCUUCACCUUUACAGCUCAACGUUCCCUGUACUACCUCAGCCGGGACGUAAAAGGCUAACAAAGAGUUACACGUCGAGGAGAGAAAGAUGAGAGAGCCAGACGCGUCUCUCGGUAUCACGAGAAGUGACCUUGAGGAUGUCUUUCUUUUUUUCCUCCUCGACGGAUCGUCUACAUGAAAAGUGACGAGCACCGAAGCUUCCUCGUAGCUGUCACUUCCAAUCUGCUCCGAUCGCGAUCUCUCCGCGAUUACGUGUAGGUGAGCGGCUUCAACCGGAGCGGCUGUCCCGUUAGCGGACCUAGAAGGCCCCCUUCGAGAGAAAGACCGGACGGGAGCCAAUCGUAUCGGUUCGUGGCCGGACAUAUCUGAACACGCGGAUCCUCAUCCGACGAGAACUGUUGCAGUCAGUCAGUCAGCUGGGAGAUGAUCCUCUGGAUCUUUCUCGCCGCCGCGUCGCUGGAUUUCUCUCGCUCUUCUCCUUCUCCAAGCUCCAUCAUUAACUCCCGUUUCUCUCUUUCGUCCGUCUUCUCCUCGCGGUUUUUCCCCUUCCUCUGUUCCUCCUGCGAUCUAUCCUCCUCGGCUUGCUCCUCGGACGUACUUAGUAUUUCCUGGUGAUCCGUGAUGCGUGCCACGAGACUCUCGCGCUGAUGAGCACGGAAAUAACGCCAGCCCCUUCCGAGUGAAGAUUUAAUGAAGGAUCAAGCCAUGGGCCGCACAGGAUACACGUGCAUCAGGCACGUCUUCUGCUCCCUCAACGUUUUGGUCUGGUUAUGCGCUUGCGGAAUUUUGGGUGCGGGCCUUUGGCUGCGGUUGGCUUAUUCCGGAUAUGCGACCUUGGUGCCGCAGUACAGUUUUGCAUCAGCGGAUUCGAUGCUGCUCGCCGCGGGAUGCGUCACAUUCGUCAUCGCCUUCUUCGGAUGCUGCGGCGCGUGGUUUCAGUCUAGAUGCAUGCUGAUCACGUAUUUCAGUCUUGUGAUACUCAUGUUUCUCGCCGAGUUCAUGCUGGGAACUUUGGCGUUCGUGUUCAGGGAACACCUCGCGAGAAGCUUGAAGGAGGAAUUAUUGUACGGCAUUGAGAAGCAUUACAAUAUCACUAGAGAGCCAGGAACUCUCUCCGCCAUGUGGGACCACAUACAUACGGAGUUUCACUGCUGCGGAGUACGCGAUUACACGGAUUGGUUCCAAAUCGAGGCUUGGCCCGAGGAGGACCGGGUGCCGGAUUCCUGCUGCGUGCAGCGAGAACGAUACUGCGGUCGUCUAGAUCCGGAGGGUCGCAAUAAGGAGCUCUGGUACAAGGAGGGAUGCUCGAGCGCGCUGCAGAUGUGGCUGGUCACCAGACUCCACGUGGUGGGCACCGUGGGCCUCGUCGUCGCUUUCCUUCAGCUGUUCGGCCAGGUGGCCAGCAUGAUCCUCUUCUGCACGGUCAGGCACAAGAGGUCCUCCCACACGUAUAAGAGCUACGACACUACCAAUUCCUAGAAUUUCCGAUCGAUCUUGGACGAGACCACCGUCUGAGAUCGAUGCAACUUCCUCGCGAGUGUCUGAUUCUCGUUCCACGCAGCGGGAACGAAUCUUUUCGGAAUCGUCGGAAUUGAUCCUUCUUCGACGACUUUCGCGGAAGAUCCCUGCUUUUUGAUCCGAAUCCGCAGAUAUUUGUGAAAAUAAUAAGCGAUAACGAGCUGUAAACGCAAAGAUUUGUUGAAAAGAAUUCUGAGCAAAAGCAUAAAACGAGAUUACAUUAUUAAUGAUUAUAUAUGUGUUAAACAUUACUCUAAUUAAAUAUAUUUUACGUACGAGGCACUUUAAGCAAACAAAGACACGUUGAGGUUUUAGCUGACCAAAAAGUUUCCGCUGUGUACCAAAAAAUAUGAUAAGUAUUUAAUUGAUGGUUUUCCUUCUUUUAGCGUGAAUAAUGAUAAUGUUUCUUGCAAUCUCCGGUGAUUAAUAUCGCGAUUUCUCGCUGUCAGAUUUUAUGUCGAUUGAUAAAUAAUUAUUUAUAUUCUUGUAAGCGUAAGCAACAGUAUCACAUCCGUGGAUCCUUUUUAAUCAAUAUUUAUAGAUAGUAGUAUAAGUAAUAUCUGGCAGCAGGAAAAUUAAUUUGUAUGUGAGAAUAAUUUAUAUAGUGACAUGAGAGAUAAAAAAGCGCGCGUGUGUGUGUGUGUGUGUGAGAGAGAGAAAAAAGCGAGCAAGA